AAGGACUAAGGCGCGGAGGAAACUCUACAAACGCAGGCGACUUUUUCAUGCCAAGCCACCUCAGCCCGAUAAAAAUUAUGGUCCUGAAGCUCAAGACACAGCAGACCCAGUAAAUCAUGAUGACCUAAAAAAAAUGUGUGCUGAUAAGUUGCCUGAAUUCAACAAAACUGCUGACGAAAUCAAGGCUAUAGAAGAAAGCACUAUAGGUCAACAUGAAAAUGAUCUGUACAAUAUGUAUAGGAGUGACAGGUUGACAGCAAGUCAAUUUGGAUUGAUAUGUAAGCGAAGAAAAACUACGCCGUCUCACAACCAUGUCAAACAAGUGCUUUACAAAAGCAACAUUUUGACAAAAGACAUGCUUUAUGGACAACAAAACGAAUCUGUGGCGAGGACGUACUUUAUAGAAAAUUACAAAAAGACAGUUCGUCAAGCUGGAAUAUACAUUGAUGCUGAAUUUGGUUUUCUGGGCGCCAGCCCUGAUGGUAUUGUGCAAAAUGAAGAGGCCAUCUUAGAAAUAAAAUGUUUUCCUUCAUUGGCCAGAAGAAAUCAGAGCAUCCUUACUGCAGUAAAAGAAAAUAAAAACUUUCCUGUGAUUGAAAAUAAAGGACUUUUGUCCAUGAAUGAAAAGCACAAUUAUUACUACCAGGUACAGGGACAACUACGCGUCACAAAUAUGAAAAAAUGUUAUUUCAUUUGUUAUGUAAAUCCGUCUACACCAAUAACUGUGAUCGAAGUCUACAAAAAUGACCAAUUCAUAAAAAAUAUGAUCCAGAAGCUAGUUCACUUUUAUAAAAACUCUAUUUUGCCAGAGAUCGUACUUAGGCGAAUACCUAAGGGAGCUAAAAGUAUUGAUCUAGAAUAAUUGGAU